ACCUAUUGCAUUUAAGGCGCGCGGGUUUGUUUCCAAAACAAUUGCUGAGGGAAACGUUAUUAAUCAUUGCAAUUUUUUUUAAGUUCAAAUUGUUGUUUAUCAAGUAAAACGUUACGAUGGCACAAUCCACGGUAGCUAACCAAUCCACUUUGCUACCUUUAGAAUUGGUAGAUAAAUGCAUUGGGUCCCGAAUACAUAUCAUUAUGAAAAAUGAUAAGGAAAUUGUAGGGACGCUGCUGGGUUUCGAUGAUUUUGUCAACAUGCUCCUGGAAGAUGUUACCGAAUACGAGAACACACCCGAAGGACGUCGGAUCACCAAGCUGGAUCAGAUUCUCCUUAAUGGCAAUAAUAUAACCAUGCUUGUUCCCGGAGGAGAACUUCCGGAUACCUCUUAGAUGUGUAGAAUCUAAAAAUAAAAUUUAAUGAACACACAAUA